AACCAUUUCUUUGCACAGUAUCUAGAGUCAUACCUCUCUCCAGCCAAUAAAAAUGGGGGGGGGUGGCUUCACCAUGCAAUAUCAGCCAGAGCAGUUUCAGUUUCACCGCAGUCCCAUCUGUUUAGUCCUCUAUAGCUCUCUGAGCUGCACUCCUCUGCACUGCCAGUGGCCAUGGCCAACGAUUCAGUCUUUGUUGUUGCUAUAGAUUUUGGCACGUCCUACAGCGGGUACUGUUUCUCCCUUGCUUCGGGUACAGACCAAAUCCGCCAGGUUUACUGGGGAACAGAGCAUGGGCUCAAGACCCCGAAGACACCCACGUGCAUCUUGUUCAACCAGAAGAAGGAGUUCAGGAAGUUUGGCUAUGAUGCUGUGAUGAAGUACAAGAGCUUGCCCUCCAGUGAAGCUGACAACUGGUACUUCUUCCAGAACUUCAAGAUGAAGCUGUACAACACAAAAGUCACUUCUGCCAUGGAACUGGAAGCCAGCAAUGGAAAGAUGCUUCCUGCCCUGAUGGUCUUUUCUGAAAGCCUGCGCUACCUGAAGGAACAUGCCCUGAACACCAUCCAAGAGGCCUCUUUCCAAACCAUCUGUGGCCAGGAGGAGAUCACCUGGGUCAUUACUGUCCCAGCCAUAUGGAGCGCUGCUGCCAGGCAGUUCAUGCGUCUGGCGGCAAAAGAGGCAGGCCUCAUCUCUGACAUGAUUUCUGAGAAGUUGAUUAUUGCCCUGGAGCCAGAAGCUGCAUCAGUCUGGUGCAGACAGCUUCCACAGGAAGGGUUUAUCACAGACAGCAGUGACAAGAAGAAGUUUGAAGAGUCCCCUGGGAUCCAGUAUAUUGUUGUUGACUGUGGAGGUGGCACAAUAGACAUUACAGUACAUGAGAUCCAAGAAAACCAUUACCUGAAGGAGUUACACAAGGCAACUGGAGGUGGAUGGGGAGGCAACAGAGUGGAUGAAAACUUCGCUGCUUUCCUUAAGGAAAUAUUCGAUGAUGGUGUAUGGGAAGAAUAUGUUAAGAGCCACCCAACCGAAUUACAACAUAUGAUGUACAACUUCAGUCUACAGAAAUGCUCUGCUGUCAGGGAGGCGGUCUACUUACAUUGCUACUACAACUUGACCAGAGUGGCAGAGUGCAAGAAGGACAUCUCCCACUUCUUCAAAAAAGUGGAAGGAGCUGUGUGGUGCAAUGGGAUGAUCAUGAUUACAUAUGAGAAAAUGAAGAGUUUUUUUGACUACAGUGUUGAAAAUAUCAUUUGUACUUUGAGGAAAAUUCUUGAAAAGCCUCAGAUGGCUAGGGUCCAGUACAUUUUGCUUGUGGGAGGCUUUGCAUCUAGCAUCAUCUUGAGAGAUGCUAUCAGGGAGGCCUUUAGCAAGGAGUAUCGUGUCCUUUGUCCAAUGGAGGCCCAAGUGGCCAUUGCAAAAGGGGCUGUUUUAUUUGGAGUCAAUCCACACAUUGUUGUCUCAAGAGUCAGUGCUCAGACAUAUGGCUUAGCAGUAACUCAGAAAUUUGAUGCUGCUAUACAUGACUUGCGUAAACUAAGGGUCGCAAAAGCUGAUGGCCAUAUUUACUGCACAGAUCUCUUCAAGAAAUUGGUGGGAAUGGAGGAGUCAGUGAAAAUAAAUGAAAUUGCCCACUAUAAUUUCCAUCCAACAGAACCAGAUCAAACAAAUGCAUGCUUUUCCUUCUAUUGUACAGAAAAGCAGGAUGCUCAGUAUGUAGAUGAGGAAGGAAUGGAACAGCUUGGUUCCUGCACAGUGCCAAUGCCAGACACAAAGCUGGGGAGGAAGCGUCAACUGAAGCUGGAUAUUAAAUUUGGGCUCACUGAAUUUAAAGCCACAUGUACUGAUGUUACUUCCAAACAAAGUCGGGUAGUUUUAAUAGAUUUUUUAGCUGUGUAAAUGCUCGGUACAUCAAGCAGCCGGGACAAUAACUCAAGGGAGAGCAUGCCUUUAGAAGGCGGCAAUAACUACUAAAAUAGAGAAGGCAAAUGGACUAUAAAGUCCAUCAUCCAGCCUUCUGCUUGCACAGAUGUUUGUAAUAGUUUGCUAGUCAGAUUCUCUGGUUUCUUCCUUUCCUCACCAACCAUCCUUUCAGUCCAACACCUCUCUUCCUGUUGUAUCUGACAGCAGGUUUAUCUGACAGCUGCUUUAUCUCUUGCCUUUCUAACUUAGCCCCAUUGCAUCUCUGAAUACUGUAACACCAAUAUAAGCAUCUGGACACUGCCUGUGUUUGAUACAAAGCUUCUGGACUGGUGACUAACUUCCACUUAUACCAGCCCAUAAUUAUCUCUUUUAGCCUGAUGUCUUCUUUCAGCUACAUUGUCUCUUCCUCUGAUAUCAGGUCUCUAUCUGGAGUCCAGGUUUAACUCUGCCAGGGGUGACAGUCAAUGGAUUUGAGCUUUCUUCAGAACAUCACUUAUAUAGAUUGUGUGUAAUUAAAGAGAUCUUGUCCCAGUCAAGAUACUCUGUGAUGCAGUAACUCAGUGUAGGCUGGGGGCUUGUAUCCAAAACCUGUGGGAGAGUUGUUUCCAUUAUACGAUUGGGUACUUUGAUCUCACUAACUGGGCGGAUAUGAAUGCCAGAUUGUAACAUUACAGCUAUGAAGAGUGCUUAUGCCACUGCGUGAGCCCCUCUGCCCAGCUGUGGUUGCUCCCUGCAUCUCUGACUUGGGCUUGAUAUUUUCCAUGUCUAUUAAAGCUCAUUCCUUUGCCUCCUGCCUGCAGCACCUGUGCACAGAUUCAGCAGCGUGGCCUGUGUGAGCCCAAGUUUGUCCAAGAAGAGGAUGUGAUCCUGCAGUAUACUGGGUCUGUCUGGGGUGGAGUUAGCUUUCUUUAUAGCUGCCCUUAUGCUACGGUGUGAUUUACGACAAAAACGGUGUUGACAGCACGCCAGUGUUUUAGCAAAUGAGCAGUGCUCGCACGGCGGCAGGCCUGUCUCUGUUUCUUGCUCUGCCCUUGCAGCGAGGGGGCUGGUGGGGGGACCAAGGGGCUGGGUGAGCACACAGCCAGCACAGCUGACCCCCAACUGACCAAGGAGGGUAGUUCCUACCCUGUAACCUCACACUUGGCAAUAAAACUGGGGGCGGGGUGUGUGUGUUUCUCCAAAGUAGCUAUUGCUUGCAGACUGGCUGGGCACCAGUCUGGUGGUGGGAUGCGGUGACUACCUUUGCAUCACUUGAUGGUUUUUUUUUGUAGGGUUUUUAUUUUCCCCCCUUCACUAAGGGUAUAAGAGCUUCCCUGCUGAACACGAGCCUGUCCCAACACAAAUACCUGGUUAGCUGCAUACACGGCAUGAAAACUCAGCACUGACAUCUUUGUUAGCUGUAAUGACUGUGUUAGAAUCACUCCUAGCCAUGUACUUAAUGCUGUCAAUCAUUAAAGUAGCAUUCAGAGGAAUAAGCUGUACCUAUACUAUGCCCUAUGAUGUAUAGAAGCUGAACAGUUUUGAGUACAUUGCCUUUGUUUUCACCUUUAAAAUCUUAUGUGUGCAAUAAAAGUAUUCACAACAGAAA